ACAAUCAUAUUUACUUAGUAAUUUGUUGCGGUGUUCAUCGGGAUUAUGACAUUAAACAAAAUAUUCUGAAAGUAUAUACACCAGAUGUGUUAUUGUUUAAUUAGCGAUUAAUACAUCGAAGAUGUACGGCCGGAGAACAUGUAGCAGUUAUAUGGCGAAGAGGUGCCGUUAGUUACCAACUGGCGCAGUGGCGCACUGGGCUUAGCCCCUCGACUUUUUAUUAAGGGGGUCUAACGUCGGUUCCGGGAACCACCAAAUUCGUAGGAGGGUUUCCAUUCAAAAUCAAUCCACUAGCAUGAGGUGAGAAGGUGUCGCGCCGCCUGUAGCUUCAUUCAGUACCGUGAUGACCUUAGGCCCCUUUUUUAUUUAAUAAUUAUUCUUGGUUCUUUUGGUAAAGUCACGUAGAAAGGAAAUAAUAAUAAAAAAUAAACAAUUAAAUAGUGAGAAAUAGUAAGAAUUGUACUAUUUAAUUUUUAUUAUUUUUUAUUUCCCUGCUACGUGACUUUACCGAAAGAACCAAGAAUAUGAAUCCCUGCAGUGACGAAAGCUUUAAAUCGAAAUUAAAUUAUUGUUUUUUUAUAUAUAUUGUACUUACAAACCUCGCUGCAAGGCAUCAGGAGUCAAAAGAUGGAAACGUCCUCACGCUCAAGUUGUACCCGAGGCAAAGCGACCUCCAGCUACGGCGCCAUCUUUUCGCAGAAGCUGUCGCUGAGGCUGCUGCUGCUGCUGCUGCCACCGCUGCUGCUGCUGCUGAAUGUGGCCGUGGCACAGCGCGAGAGCGCAGGCCGCGCGUCCGUCCUCUCGAUGCUGCGGUGCAAGCAGGUGGACGUCGCCAAGAACCUCUCCUCCGGAUACGGGUGCUUCUGCCACGCGAGAUUCCGCCACGCAGAGCCCCAGGACGAAUUGGACUUGUGCUGCAUGAUGGCCCACUGCUGUGCCCGCGCCGCAAUCCUCGACUACUGCCAGUCGGAGAGUGGCCUGCAAACGCUCGAGGCCAAACUCAAGGAGCAGCCCUCCUGCAAGACACAUCGGCCUGCGGCAUCACGCAAGGCCGACGAGCGUUCAGAGGCCACGCUGACCCGAGAUGCCGUGGUAGAGGUGCUGGAGGCCGUGACAGAGGAGUUGAACGAGAUGACUGUGAAGGAAAAGCAAAGAGUGGAGCGGGAGGCCAACACGACGUGUGAGCGGGUGCUGUACGAGUGUGAGCGGGCGUUGUACAUGUGCGCCAGCGAUGCACCUGUGCGGCCUGAUUUGGUCGGGCUCCCCCAGGAUGAGAUCUGCAGGGCCAAUAUCGACCGGCCAGUGUGCUCGCUGGAGCCAGCACCGACCAACCAAUCUACAGCCAUACCUACCACCAGACCUGUUACUGGACUCACAAAACAAAUUCCCAGUUCUACAGCCAGACCUACAACCAGUUCUAUUACUAGACUCACAACAACACCUACCACCAGUACUACAGCCAGACCUACCAGCCGAUCUUUUUCCUGGCUUACAACCAGCUAUUCGACCAGUUCUAUAGCCAGACCUUCGAACAGAUCUUCUGACAAAUCGACAGACAGGUUCACUGAACAUUUACUCAAUCUGAUUACUGGAAGCGAAGAGACCUCCAGAGAAAUGGUGACAGGAAAUGUACACUCAGCACAAAACCAUGUUUGGCAACCAUCCCAUCUCAGAAGCGGUGAUGCACACUCACACAUACAACACCUGGACCCCAUUCUCAGGGUUGAUAGUGAUCUUACACCGAGACAAUACCUGCAGCACAUUCUGAGGGUUGACAAAGUACACCCACUCAGACAUCAUCCAUGGCCCAAUCUCGCUCUUGGCAGCACACAUGCACACCGACAACAUAGCCUCACCUGUGACCGAGCACACCCACAGACACGACAGAGUGACAAUACACCCCAAGAGAGACAGCACAGUCUCAGAAACAGCGUAUUGCACUUUCUGAAGCAACACCGUAGAUACGCUGAUUCGAACCUAUACAAACAACACCGACCCAUUCAUGGCAUUGCACAUAAACGCAUACAACUCUUUGACAGUACAUACCCACACAGACAACACCGUGUCAAGAGUGACUAUACAGACCCAGAGAUACAGCACAUUCCCACAGGCAACAUAAUGCGCUUUCUGGGCCAACGUCCUUUUAGAAUUGACGAUUCACAACCAUACGGACGACACCCUCCCAGAGAUGGCACUACACACCCACGUAGACACAGUGUCGAGGGUGACAGUACACAGCCAGAGAGACAGCACAUUCUCAAAGAAAGCAUAAUGCGCAUUCUUAACCAACGCCCUUUUAGAAUUGACGAUUCAGAGCGAUACGGACAACACCCUCCCAGAGGUGCAGCUACAAAACCACGUGGACAAUACAGUUUUGCUGAUAGCAUCAUCAAUGGACCCACAUUUGCUGACGAGAAGAAUGUGGGAGAUAUCAUCAAUGAACCAACGUUCACUGACGAGUACAAUGCAAGAGACACCUUUAAUCGACCCACAUUCGCUGACGAGAACAAUGCGGAAGACAUCAAUGGACCCGACAGUACACACAAACACAGACAACUCCUUGACAGUACAUACUCACACAGACAACACCGUGUCAAGAGUGACUAUACACACCCAGAGAGACAGCACAUUCUCACAGGCAAAACAAUGCGCUUUCUGGGCCAACAUCCUUUUAGAAUUGACAAUUCACAACCAUACGGACGACAUCAUCCCAGAGGUCCCAAUAGACACCCACACGGACAUUACAGUUUAGGUGAUGGCACCAUCAAAGGACCCAUGUUCACUGAAGAGUACAAUGCAAGAGACACCACCAAUGGACCCACGUUCACUGACGAGAAUGAUGCGAGAGAUACCAUCAAUAGACCCACAUUUGCUGACGAGAAUGAUGCGGAAGACAUCAUCAAUGGACCCGACAGUACAUUCAAACACAAACAACUCCUUGAGAGUACAUACUCACACAGACAGCACCGUGUCAAGAGUAACAAUACAGAACCAGAGCGACAACACAUUCUCACAGGCAACAUGAUGCACUUUCUGGGCCAGCACCCUUUUAGAAUUGACGAUUCACAACUCUACAGACGACACCCUCCCAGAGGUGACAAUACACACCCACUCAGACAAUAUAGUUAUGGUGAUGGCACCAUCAAUGGACCCACGUUCACUGACAAGAAGGCGGGAGACACCAUGGAUGAACUCACAUUUGCUGACGAGAACAAUUUAGAAGAAAGCAUGGAUGGACCCAGAUUUACUUAUGAGAACAAUGCGGAAUAUACCAUGGAUGAACCCACAUUUGCUGACGAGAACAAUGUAGGAGACAGGAUGGAUGGACCCAGAUUGACUUAUGAGAACAAUGUGGAAGAUACCAUGCAUAGACCCACAUUCACUGACAAGAAUACGGGAGACACUGUCAAUGGACCUAAAUUUGCCGAAGAGAACAAUGCGGGAGACAGCAUGGAUGAACCCACAUUAACUUAUGAGAACAAUGUGAGAGACAUCAUGCAUAGACCCACAUUCGUUGAUGAGAACAAUUCGGGAGAUACCAUCAAUGGAUCCACAUUCGCUGAAGAGAACAAUGCGGGCGACAGCAUGGAUGGACCCACAUUCACUAACGAGAACAAUGCGGAAGACAUCAUCAAUGGACCCGACAGUACACGCAAACACAAACAACUCCUUGACAGUACAUACUCACACAGACAACACCGUGUCAAGAGUAACAAUACAGAUCCAGAGCGACAACACAUUCUCACAGGCAACAUGAUGCACUUUCUGGGCCAGCGCCCUUUUAGAAUUGACGACUCACAACUAUACAGACGACACCCUCCCAGAGGUGACAAUACACACCCACUCGGACAAUACAGUUUUGGUGAUGGCACGCCCACAUUCACUGACAAGAAUGCGGGACACACCAUGGAUGAACCCACAUUUGCUGACGGGAACAAUUUAGAAGACAGCAUGGAUGGACCCAGAUUGACUUAUGAGGACAAUGCUGGAGAUACCAUGAAUGGACCCACAUUCACUGACAAGAAUACGGGAAACACUGUCAAUGGACCUAAAUUCGCUGAAGAGACCUAUGCGGGAGACAGCAUGGAUGGAUCCACGUUCAUUGACAAGAACAAUACGGGAGACACCAUCAAUGGAUCCACAUUAACUACUCAGAACAAUGCGGGAGACACCAUGGAUGGUCCCACGUUUACUGACGAGUACAAUACGGGAGACACUGUCAUUGAACCCACAUUCACUGACGAAAACAAUGCGGGAGACACCAUGGAUGAAACCACAUUUGAUGACGAGAACAAUGCGGGAGACACCAUGGAUGAAGCCACAUUUGAUGACGAGAACAAUGCAGGAGACAGGAUGGAUGGACCCACGUUCACGGAUCAGAACAAUGCGGGAGACACCAUGGAUCGAUCCACAUUUGCUGAAGAGAACAAUGCAGGAGACACCAUCAAUCGACCCACGUUCACGGAUGAGAACAAUGCGGAAGACACCAUGGAUCUAUCCACAUUUGCUGAAGAAAACAAUGCGGGCAACAACAUGGAAGGACCCACGUUCACUUAUGAGAACAAUGCAAGAGACACCGUGAAUGGACCUGCAUUCGCUGAUGACAAUCCGGGAGACACCAUGGAUGAACCCACAUUUGAUGACGAAAACAAUGCUGGAGACAUCAUAAAUAGAUCCACGUUUACUGAAAAGAAAAAUGCAGGAGAAACCAUUCACGAACCCACAUUUGCUGACGAGAACAAUUUAGAAGACAGGAUGCAUGAACCCAGAUUGACUUAUGAGAACAAUGCGGAAGAUACCAUGAAUGGACCCACAUUCACUGACAAGAAUACGGGAAACACUGUCAAUGGAUCCACAUUCACUAACAAGAACAAUGCGGGAGACAACAUUAAUGGUCCCACGUUUACUGACGAGUACAAUGCAGGAGACACCAUCAAUGAACCCACGUUCACUGACAAGAACAAUACGGGAGACACUGUCAUUGAACCCACAUUCACUGACGAAAACAAUGCGGGAUACACCAUGGAUGGACCCACAUUAACUGAUGAGACCAAUGCGGGAGACACCAUGGACGGACCCACAUUUACUGAUGAGACCAAUGCAGGAGACACCAUCAAUGGACCCACAUUCACUUACGAGAACACUGCAGGAGACACCAUGGACGGACCCACAUUUACUGACGAGAACAAUGUGGUAGAAUCCAUCGAUGGACCCACAUUCACUGAUGAGACCAAUUCGAAAGACACCAUGGGUCAAUCCAAAUUCGCUGAAGAGAACAAUGUGGGAGACAGCAUGGAUGGACCCACGUUCAUUGACGAGAGCAAUGCGAGACACACCUUUAAUGGACCCACAUUUACUGAUUAUAACAAUGCGGGAGACACCAUCACUUGACCCACGUGUACUGACCAGAAAAUGAGGGACACACUCUUGACUGACAAGAGCAAUGUAAGCUACACUCUGGAUGAAGCCAGCCUCGCCCAGGGCCUCAUCAAGUGAUGAUUAACAGUAAUGCAUCACUUCCACUGCUGUCACCACCAUCACCAAGAGCAUCACUGUGUCGGAACUGAGCUUGCAAUGCGAGUAUCUUUCAGUUACAGUCCUGUAUGCAGUCAUGUAAAAACGAAAAAUGUAAAAUAAAAUAAUAAUAAUAAAUCACGUCUAUUUUUAUUAUAUAUAUACUUUACAUCCACUUACUUGGUCUCAUUCACUUACCAUUGUUCACUCAAUCCCAGCUAAUGCUAGCCUCCCCUUUUUCUCCACUUAUUCUCUACACAUUUUUUCAUUUAUUUUUCUUCAUCUCUUAACCAUCAUCCAGCCGUCCUCAUCUAUCUUCAGGCUGCAAUGUCCACAAUGGAGAGGGGCUAUGAGAUAGGGUUCAAGAGGCACAUUGAUUUUUAGCAGGCCAAGAUUUUGUUGCAGAGCUUCACGGUUCGACUCCAGCGGCUGCCCUGGUUACUACUGAAGCGCCAUCUGUUUUCACAGUGGACGUUAAAGUUCCCGUGACAUAUUUUGCAAUAGUAGACCAUUGUGUGUGCCAGAGUUAUGGUCCAAAUUUUGCCAAAUAAAAAAAAAAUACCCGCAAAUGACUCAAUUGGUAUUUAUCAAAACGAGCAUCGCCCCCGAGAAACCCUGGCAGGAGCCUCCUGCAAAGAGUCAUGAGAUGGGGGAGGCUUUCCUGGGCAACCAAGCACACUCAUACAGAUAAAGAGCUUGGAAACUCCUUUAGAAGAGAAGAUAAAUAAUUCGUGAGUUUAAAGAAAAUGGUAUUUUAUGCAUGAGUGAUAUCUAUAUUAAUAUGGGAAUCAAGGACAAACCUUUUUCAUUGGCUGUGUAGGGUAGUGGUGGGUUUAACGACACACUUAUGUUUAUGCAAUCUAACCCAAAAAAUACCUUUAUUAAGGAGCUAGAUGCUAACUUAGCCGCUCAAUAGUAAGUUGCUGUUAUUUGACUAGAGGUGUUUGAGAUAUGGCGAGUGAUUGCAACACAAAAGGAGGAUAUUAAAGGAAUUGUCACCACCACCAUGAGGAUGACUCGGGAUGUACGCUCAUGUUGAGGCACGCGGUGUGGGCAGAGCGGUGGGAAUGAGUUGGCUUCGCAUUCUUCAGCAAGUGGCUUCGCGCUCUUAAGUGGGAGGCACCGUAGACAUCGCGGUGGUACAAGGACGGCGAUGACCUCACGCAUCGCGAACGUGGGGGGGAUCAGUGAGGCUGUCGGUAUUUAUGGGACAUUUUUUUCCGUAUCAAAACGAUGAAAAAUAAGAAGAGAUUUUAUCUUUCCUGGCAAUAAAACAGGAGGUGUUAAGAUGUUCAAACACCAAAAUAGAUACGUUUUGCAAGGCAUCAAGUCUGCAUUAACCACAGAUAUUUGUGGCAAAACAUGCAAAUAAACAUGCUCUGAUAAUAAUUGCAUUGUCCUUAAAACUAAUUGGCCUACACCAGAGACAGCCUUCUUCAUGGGGUAUGGCCUGGUCUCACCACCAGUGUGAGACCUGCGAAUGCCAAAGGGUGAACAGUUCCAAGGCAAUGGAAGUAUCAGAACACUUCUAGCUCGGGUCCAGCAGUUAUAUCGAUGGGACCUUUUUUCCAGUGUCAACUAUGAUGCAGAAUAAGAAUAGGUUUUCGGUGUUCACAGCUCAACUAAUUUACUAUUAUGCACCAGUAUCCUAUUAUUAUUAUUUAAAUGUUCUUCACGGUUCUGCGCAUGCUGUAUAUCACAGUGAGCUAUCUUGAAACUGAAACGUGCAUUAUCCUUUAAUGAGCUCCCACUGAAGCAUUGACUGUGACAUAACCCAAUGCUGCUGUCAAUGCAUGUGGUCAUACAACUUAAAAUACGUGUACACUGUUUUGAAGACCAUAUAUAGCAGGAUGUGAUUGCAGAAUGUAUGACCUGGGCAGAUUAUUCACACUGUGUAGCCUGAACAUUUCUGAUGGCAGAUACGAGUAUGACGGAUUACAAUGUAAUGUGUUGAAUACAAUAUUGUGUAAAUGACACAGCCACCAGUGGUACAAUCUCGAUCCACGUCGCCUCCUCCCUUGUGACGAGGACAAUCAAUGAAACGUUCUUUUUUUUAAAUCUGGCACUUUUACCAAUAAAAAUCGCUUCGAGGAGCUGCACAGAAAUAAAUCAUGAAAUAAGACAUCGUUUACACACCUUCGAUUAGCACGGUUGGCUACGUACGGUGCGAAAGAAGCUCAACAUACACACGUACGAGACAACCAUCAAAUAAAUAUUGAACGUACAUUAAAUACUGCUCGUUAGAAAUGCAUAUAAUAUGGUUAAUAAGUGUACAAUCCUAUACAACUAAAAAAACAGGAAUGGCAACAUCUGAAAACCACUGUGCAAUGAGAUGACAAACACACGUGCUCAAAUAUCGUCGGGCGGAGUAAAGGGCUAAUGUG